AAUAGGUUAGUUUGUAUCCGUAAAUUUCAUCAUUUAAUUUCUCACAAUAAUAUUGAAACAAAAACCAUUCACAGAGUACUAUUUCGAACUUCUCUCUCCUCCUUGCUGAUUGAAAAGUGGCCGCUGUAUCACCACCGUAGAAGUGCGUCUGCUGGAUUUUUGGGAGGCCAGCAAUGUGAAGAGAGGCGGCUACUGCUCCUCGAGCUAGGAGGGAAUCUGAAUCGAAUUGUCGUCUUCAAGUGUAAUUUUCGGCCUUAAAAAGGCGGAAGUAAUGAGUCACAAUCCUCGAGAAGUUGUUGUUCCUGUUGUUGGAGGACAUGCAAUAGUUACAAUCUUGCCUCUGCUUUCUCAGGUGAAACCUCCUUGCUCUUUCACUCAAAAAGAGAUUGAGUACCUCACAGACCGUAUGGAAAAUGGUGGCAUUGAAGUUGUCAAGGCGAAAGCUGGUGCAGGUUCUGCGACACUAUCCAUGGUAGAUCUUUAUUGUGACAUGUGCAGUUUCAGAUUUUACAUUUUGAAUCUUAUAUCUCAUCACACUGAAUGUAAAAUACAACGCAGCAGUGAAGUCUGCAGAUGCUUGCCUCAAGGGUCUACGAGGUGACUGAGCUUCCCUUCUUCGCAUCAAAGGUGCAUCUAGGAGGAUGUGGGGUCAAUGAAGUGUACCGUCUCGGACCAUUGAAUGAAUACGAGAGGAUGGCACUGGAGAAAGCAAAGAAAGAGCUUGAGGGAGUAUUGCGAAAGGUGUUAGCUUUGUGUAGAAGUAAAGACAGUUGAUAAACACUUAGUUUUAUCUUUUGAAUAGUGAUUUGUUUUGAAUAAGAACAAUGCCUUGCAAUUAAAGCUUGAUUUUGAAGAUUUAAUAAACUGCAAUCACUCUGUUCUUAGAUACAAGAACGUUUAUGAGUUCA